UCAAACAAACGAAAAUGGAUUCUAGCUCAUCUGAGGAGUCCGAAAAUUUUAAUUCUUUUAGUGAAAAUGAUUGUGAUAAAACAAAUUCCAAUACUCAAACGAACAUCACAAAUAGUAGAAAUAAUAUAAUUCAUAAGCUUUUUAAUAGGGAGAUUUUUGGAAGUACAUCUAGACAGUCAAAUGAAAGAGGACGAAAGGUUUUCGAUAAAAUCCCUCCGCGGCUGCGAUUUUGCCUUAUGGAUAUUGUUCCUAUUCAGUAUUUGCGUCAACAUGUUUUCAUGGGAUUCUCACAAUGUGGGCAAUUCCUUCUUAGUUUUACAUAUAGUUGUAAUAAUCAAGCUUAUUUUAGAGAAAGCUCUAAAUUCACAUUGCAUUUCCUGUCAUGGAUACCAGGCAAAGUAGUGAAACCUGUCCACAGUGUGCCAUUAUUUGGAGAUGACUGUGUGGACAGUAAGGUCACAAUAUCAAUGGCACAGUGGAAGCAUAACCCUGGUGUUCUGGUUGUUUAUGGCAUUGCGGAUUCAUGUUCGGAAAGAUCCUACCUCAGUGUUAUUGGAGUACCUCGUUUAGGUUGUAGAAAAUGUUCUGCUAUAUCAAGGGAAGAAGAUGAUCUCAAUUGGGGAAAGCGUUGUUUAGAACACAAUUUCGCUAUUCACACGAAAUUUUUUUGCACAUCAGACAGUAGCAUGUAUGAACCAGUUGUACAACUAGCAUAUUCAAAUCAAAUUAUUAUAUAUACGGACUUUAUACAUAUUCUUGAGAUAGAUUUUGUUAAACCAGACCAAGAUAGAAAUGAUAUUGAAGAUAACAAAUUCUUAUUAGAUAAAGAGGAAUUGAACUCAGUAGAUAUGAAUCCGAGUACACCAGCUUCGGAUUUCUCAGCGCCCUUCCAAUCGCCGAAAUAUCAGAAUAAUGUUGUUCAGAACAUUCUAGCUGAUUUCUCUGAUUUGGAAGUGGACCCUAACCAAAUCUCCCGUCCAGUACAUAUGCCUGAUAUGAUGGGCCAGGAAUUGUGCAUUCAGGCAUCCUCUAUUUCCCAUAAUUUAAUGGAAGAAUGGGAAGGCCCGUCCCCAUCUAUCAGAACUCUUAUAAGCCCACCCUUAAGAUCUCCAAGGAGAAGACCAGCAGAGAGCAUGUCUAGAUUCAAUGAAUCACAUAGAGUUAUUGCAGAAAAAGCGUACGAGUUUGUUGAAGAAGCUGAGACAAAGUGUGAAAAACUAAGCAUGUUCAGAAAGAGACGCCUAGCCGAUAAGAAAUAUGAAUUCUCAGAAGAUAACAAUGAAAAUAUAAUACCAUUUAGAGUUUUAAGAAGUAAUAGAAAAUAUUUUACCGGAUCGACGAGUAAAAGCACGCGAACACCGAAGUCUCCAUCGGUGGAAAGCGUUGUUUUAAGAGCUCAUAAUCAAAUAAGUAGGCCACCGUCACCGACCACAAGUUCGGAUUUAAAAAAUCCUGGACUUUUAUCACUCGAAUCGGAUAGAAAUAGUGAAUCGGAAUACAGGGUGAUGGAAAUGUUGGACGAUGGCUCUCUAAAAACCGUGUCUGUACACGAUAAUACCUCAAAAACCCUAUCAGAUUGUCCUGUCAGUGCCCAAGAUCCAUAUUUAGUGCAUUCGGAGAAUUCGAAGUGCAGUAAAUUCUUCACAAGGUAUUUUGUUGAAAGUGAUGAUGAAAUAACGUCUAUUAUAACGGAUUCAGAGGAUGACUGUAUUUCUGGUUACCAUGUAGCCCUGCCCCUAACCGGACAUGGGGCAGGCUAUUCCCCCCUCCAAGCUAUCGGUUCGGGCGCAUGGGAAAGGCUCAGAGGCAGUUCCCCCCCUUCCUUACCCCCCCUCACUGUGAGAGCACAACAACGGUCAUUGGACACUGAGUUGUUGUGUAACGAAGUUUGUGGGAGACUGUGCAAGAUUAAUGGCAAGAAAUUCGUGUAUUGUUUCGAUUGGGGUUGCCAUGUGAUUGAUGUUUGCCAGUCGAGCGGCUGUUUGUCUGGGCUGUGCGCGAUGUGGCUCUGGGCGAGCGACGACAGGGAGCGCGAGGGGGGCGAGGCGGGGGAGGCGGGCGAGGGGGGCGAGGGGGCGUGUGACGCGUGCAAGGACGUGGCGUGCGGCUGCGUGCAGCACCGCCGCCAGUAUGCGGCCGAGUGUCUAUUUGUAUGGGACCUUGUUAGCGGAGUAUAUCGAACAGAGAGGGUUGCCAUGACUGAAGACUCGAGCCAAGAGGGUACCAGAGUGCCUGGUGCGGAGCGUGCUCGGGAGUUGGCAAAAAAGCUAGGUGCCGUCAAUAUGCCGCCACACGAUAAUAGGCUACUCACUACACUCACUGGCAAAUCACUCAAAAGACUGACAGAUGUAGACAACUGCGUAGAAAUAACAAAAAACCACCCAGAUAGCUCAGAGUCCGAAUCCUCAUCUGAAGAAGACAGUGACUACGACUGAUUUUAUACUUUAUGCGCUAUAGCCUUCCUGCUCAGAUGUUAUAGUGUGACAAGGACAAAGCAUAAUCGCGUGGAAACUAGAGUAGAACAACCAUUUAUCGAGUAGAAAUGUAUGUAACUACUAAUAAUUAGCCAUCUUGGUAUGUUAAUGCGAUUUCAAUACAAACUUUGUUCGUUAGGAACAAUGUUAAGAAUUACACACUUAUACAAUGUUCAAAUGACAAUUAAUGUCAUAUUCUUGGUCCUAUUUAGGUCAUUUGACGAAGAUUGAAUUCAGUUGAAGAUUGGUCUUAUCUGAUCGCAUAUUGUUGUUAUAUACUUUUCAGAAUGACUAUUCACUAUGUCUAGUUAUCAAGGGUUCAUUAUUUAUUUGAAAUUUUUAUAAACUCUCCAUAAUAACACAUAUUAUAUCCUUAUUGAGUAGGUUGUGAAUGUAGUGAGUUAUAUAAUUACUUGUACCAUUUGAAAAGGAAUGUAAAAUAAAAAAAAAACUUAAAAUUUAAUGUUUAUUAAUGUUUGAAAAACUUAUCAGUAAUAAACAACGAAGUGUUUAAAAUAUUGGCGUCAAAAUUUUAUAUAGGCAUUACAGUGUUAUUUAUUAUAUAGUCUUACUGCCAUGUUAGAAAGCACUGCUUGUGUCUUAAAUGAUAGAUAAGUUUUACAAUAUAUGGUAGCUAUACAUCGUUCGACAUUUUAUAAAGUCGUAUUCAUGAAGUACAUAUAUGGAACAGUAUAUAUUUUAAGUCUAUAGAACAUUUACUUAUCUUUUGUGAAUCAUUUGUAAAUUAAUAAAUACACUUUUAUUUUAUAUCACAAACUAAAUUUUGGGGUAAAUUUAAAAACCUUGUUUCAUUAGUAUUGUAAUCUAAUGUAGCAAGAAACUUAUUGACAUCACAUGUUAAGAAAAUACUAUCAGAAGUUAGACAGUCCAUUAUUGCCUAUAGCCUUAAAGUUUUACAUUUUUUGAACAGUAUUAGCUCAGAAUAAAAAGUGGUAUUACUUGGGAUAUACAUAUAGUUGAUAUAUUAUUAAAUGGUAAUAUGAACAUUAUACCCCUUUUGAAUAAUGUGUAGUCACCAUAUAGGAAAACGGAUGCACAAUAACUUAAGCUGUUCUUAAACAUAUCUGAGUGUGUAGUAUAAUAUUGUAUGUUAAUGUCCUUGCACUAUAUGUCUGAGGAGGUAAAAAUGUAAAGUUAUCAAUACAGUGUGUUCUAUGAACGUUUCGUAUAGGAAAAAAAAAUGGUUGUGUGUUUUGAUACUGGUUAUCUGUGUUAAAUAGUUGAUUUAUUGCUUUCAAUACAGCAAUAAUUAUCUGGUCUUUGUAUAUAGAUUAUUUUAAGUUCUCAACUAUGGUAUAUUAUAACGCAUAAUCUACAAAUUUAAUGUGUGAUAUCUAUUGUAUAAUGUUGAUUCAAGUGCAAUGCAAUGAAUGAAUGUAUUUCCACAGUUUUAUGUAGUCACUGUAGUUUGUUAAAAUGUUUUUGUCUUAAAGAUUCAGUCUAAACCUUUUUUAUAACAUACUCAAGGUUCAUUUUGUUUUCAUGAAAUUGGUGUCAUCUUAUUGGAUUCAACAGUAAAAUAAUUUAAAAAAAUGAUUUAAGAUACAUUUAUGUUGAAAGACGAUCAGAUUCAAAUAUCAUUUUUAAAUAUAUUAGUUUUAAAAUUACUCAAAAAUCCAUAAUGGAUUUAAAUAUUGCAUUUAUUGAAUUACCUGUAUUGUAAGUCACUAUGGAGUUAACUUGACUUGCCAUUGAAUUGUAUAAAUAGUAGAUAUUGUAUCAAUUAAAAGGAAACUCAA